AUGGAUGUUGAAGACUCUGUUGUUAUGGUACUGCCUAAAACGUUGGAAAGCGACGACGACGACACUAUUGCCGUCUCAGUGGAGCUUGAUGUUUCCAAAGAAGAUGGUAGGAUCAGUGAAGAAUUUUCGGACGUCGAUCUUUCCGCUGUUGAGGUCUCUAAUGAAGAGGUAGAUGGCGUGGUCUGA